AGCAGACAUAGCAGCCGAUUUAUUAAGAGCCACCAAACUGGGGUAAACCGUAAAAGAGUUGUGUAUUCAUUCCUUGUUAUCUGUUUUGACGUUUCAUUAUAUCAUAACUGAACUAAGAACCAUCCAUUGAGCAACAUGGAUGGAAACAAAGAAGAAAGUCUUCGAUGUAUAGAUUUAGCGACUAAUUAUAUGAAACUUGGUGAUAGAGCCAAAGCCAAAAGGUUCUUAAUAAAAGCUGAGAAACUUUAUCCUACUCAAAAAGCUAAAGAUUUACUUGACUUUUUGAGUGGUGGUGCAGAGGACGAUGCAAAUGAGAAUGAGAACCCCUCCAGUGAAGAGAAAUCUGGUGAUCAACCAAACUUGCAUCAGCGCCGUGCUCCUCAAGCAGAGCCAGCAUCAAACGAUUACACACAAGAACAGAUUGAAGCAGUAAAAAAAAUAAAGCAAUGCAAAGACUAUUAUGAAAUUCUAGGUGUAACCAAAGAAGCUACAGACUCUGACUUGAAAAAAGCUUAUCGUAAACAAGCCCUACAAUUUCAUCCUGACAAAAACAAGUGCCCUGGUGCAAGUGAAGCAUUCAAAGCAAUUGGAAAUGCGUUUGCCAUUCUAAACGACACGGAAAAGAGGAAGCAAUAUGAUCUCUAUGGACCUCUUGAAGACCAACAAUCAAGUAUGAGAAGACAUUCUCACCGUGGUAAUCGACACGAUUUUUCGAGAGGAUUUGAAGCUGAAGUUAGCGCAGAGGAACUAUUUAAUAUGUUUUUUGGCGGGUCCUUCGGUGGACCUAAUGUUUAUGUAAGACGUGGACGCCAAUGGGAAAGACAACGUGCUGAAAAUGCAAAUCAAGGAUCUGUUGGAAGUGGACUAUUGUUGCAGCUCAUGCCUAUUUUAAUUCUAGUCUUCUUAUCUGUAAUGAGCAAUUUUCUCGUCUCCGAUCCAAUUUAUGCGUUCCAAAAAUCAAAUAAAUAUUCCCUGGAAAAGCACACUACAGCUCUGAAGGUGCCAUACUACGUAAAGGAGAAUUUCAACGAGUACUACGAUGGAAAUUUGCGCAGAUUAGAAGCUAACAUUGAAGAAGAGUAUGUUGGAAUGCUACGCCAUAAUUGCUACCGCGAAAGGAGUCAAAGAGAAAGUCUUCUUUGGCGUGCCCGCCAAUAUGGAGAUAAAACAAUGAUGGACAGAGCUAAUUCGUUCAAAAUGCAAUCAUGCGAUGCUCUCGAUAAACUUUAUAACCGAUCCAAUUGAAACCGUUAAAGUAGGUGUGGAUCGUAAUUAGCUGUUUUGCUGUUUGUUUGUUUUUUAAGUAGCGUGCUGACAAGUGACAUUCUUAAAAAGAAUAAAAUUAAGAAUGAAAACCUCCAUCCCUUAUUAUUACCAUCCUAUGUUAAAUGUUUAAAUACCUACCAAGAAUACUAAAAAAAAAUACAUUUAUUUGGAAACGCA